CAGCACUAGAACUUUGGACUUCUUGUUUGAAUGCUUAGCGUCGGAUUCCGCGUAUAUAAACAAUAAAAUAAUUAAUUUGAAUGAUACGCAAAGCCAAAAUAUGGAAGGAUCUGAUGAGAUUAAUGCUUCACCUUUGACACAACUGGAUAUAUCAACACGCUUGGCAGCUUUGAACCGUUGGCAAGAGGAACAAAAACGCCUUUUAGAAGAGCGUCAAAACAAGCAGCGCCUAAUGCUCGGACUGGAGCACCGCAAUAUGUACCAAAUGCUUGGGCUGUUGCCCGAUCACAUUGUGGAUGAAAACACUGGAGAUGUAAAUAAAAUUGAAAACAAUGACAAUCUGGAACAGGAGCAGGAUCAGGAACAGGAGCAACAGAACCAGUCAUCAAGCAUACAAAUGGUGCGCCACGCGAAACAGGAUGAGGAUGAAGGAGAAAAGGCUGAGCAGUGCUUCCAACUUACAGAUAUUUCUACUAGUCCUCGACCAGCAAAGCCCAAAAAGCCAUUUUUACGGCGUGGUGAUGGGCUAAAACAGCGCUUCAAAGUUGAUCCUGACCAAUUGCGUCUUAAUAAUUUACCCCGCUACAAAUACGCGAAUGCUCAUCCACAGUACCGCAAGCCCGGCUUGAUAAAACAACAAAAGCGUAGCAUUUUGAAGACGCACAAAGUGCCAACUGUUGUACAGAAAGCAAUAGCAAUGCCCCCACCACCACCGGCACCUCCACUGUCGAAAAAGGAGCAUCGCUUUCAGCAACCCCUGAUAAACUCCAAGACUGUGUGCAGUUCCACGCCGGAUCUGAAGUCUUCCUAUUCUUCAACCAGUAACACGAAUUCCAGUGUGUCGCCGAAGGUUCGCUUUGUCGAGCUAAACGACGCCAAAGGGCAAACGGCCGACGAUGAACACUCUUCCGAGGCAAGCUCGAAUGCACUGGCAAACAUGUGUUGGGCCAAGGUGCUAGACUCACAGCAGAUUAGGCCACCUGUACUGCAUCGACGCUCGGCCCAGAUACGUGUGGAAAGUGACGACAAUAUCAGCAUAUUUGAGCUGUUGGAGCAGAAGGCCCGUGAGGGUAACGUGGAUAUGAACUCCAGCUGCAUACGCACUUUCAUGGCACGCAAGGAGAAGCACCGUCAGGCGGAUGCUGACGAUAGCGAUCAGAUUGUUAUAUCGCAGAUGCGUGAAAUGCGCCUGCAACCACAAGUGUCGGAGGUGAUUAGUGAAAGUGAUGACGAUGAGAAUCCGGAUGAGCAGGACUGCACCUUGACCCGAACGCCGAUAAAAAUUAACGCCGGCAAGGCUCAGGUACAUGUGCGAUUCUCCGAUUCCAAUGAUACACAUCAAUAUUCAGAUGAGACAACGGUGCAGGAUGGCACAAAUGUGGAGCUCUUUGAAGAGUUCAAAGCAGCGUUGUUUCAGGCUCUGGAACAGAAAAAGGCACAGCCGACACAGAGCGCUGCUGGCGAUGAGCAACUAACGCAAGAGCUACAAGCGAAGGCGAAUUUGGUGCGCACGAGACUCGAGGAACUGGAAGCGGAAAUCACCACAUUUAAGGAACAAAAUGCUCAGCUUCUGCGGCUUAAGCAGCAACACGAGCUUGACAAGGCCAAGUGUGCCCAAGAACAUUUGGAGGCAAUGGAGCGUGUGCAUGAUGAGAAAAUCCAAGCGGAAAUCUAUUUGCACGAUGAGCGCAUGAAGAUUGAAGAGGAACGUCGCAAAUUCGAGCAACAGAUGCGUCUUCAAAAGAGCAAUAUGAAUAGCAAGGAGAAAAGGGAACUGGCGGCGCUUAAGCAAGAGGUGGAGGCCCUUCAGCUGCAGCUGAAACAAAAGGAACAGACUCACGUGUCAGCGCAGGCGCGACUUCGUGCUCAGCUGCGUGCCGCUGAAAAGGAGCAACGCAACUACAGGGACGAAAUUGAGUUGCUCGGGCGUGAAAACAAGCGCCUGGAGCAAGAGAUAGUGAAGCUAACACGAGAUAACAGCAGCAAAAUGCUACAAGAAAUUAAUCGCAAUAUUGCACGCUUGGCCCCAAAGCUGCAGGAGGCAGCAGCACCCGCGGCCAAGCAUACGGAUGAGAAUGGCAAACGGCAAAGCAAAUCGAUCACGAGCAUAUUGCAGGAUAAGUCAACGAGCCAACAGCGUCGCCUAAAUCGAAGCCGAAAAAAAUCAGAGCCGCUCAGUGAAAGUUACGCCUCAAGUAGCUCCUUCGAAAUGGACGAUGUACCCAUGCCAAAGCCGGCAAAACCGACAAAGUCAGCCACAGCAGAAGCUGACACACUUUUUGCCGAACGCAACAAGAACAAAAAUAAAGGAAGCAAUAACAACAAUCAUAACGGAAGCAGUAAUCACAGCAAUAACAGCAACAACAAUCACAGCGAAAAUAUUGAGUUCAAGCGUGAGAUUGUGAAUGAGGAUGGGAGUAAAGACAUUUGGUAUCCAAAUGGCAAUCUUAAGAAGAUCAGUGCCGAUGGUAUGACCGUGCGCAUGUUGUAUUUUAACAAGGACAUUAAGGAAACAGAUAUACGUGCUGGUACAGUCAAGUAUUAUUAUGCAGAGACUAAUACAUGGCACACUACCUAUCUGGACGGUCUGGAGAUACUUGAGUUUCCGAAUGGACAAACCGAGCAUCGUCACAAGAAUGGCGUCAUCGAGAUUCAUUUCCCGAACAAUUCCAUUAAAAUUGUCGAUCCAAGCGAUACGGAAAAAUUGGAAGAGUGGCGCUAUGCGGAUGGCACGCAUUUGAUUCAACUGCGAAAUGGUGAUAAGAUUUUAAACCUUCCCAAUGGGCAAAAGGAAAUACACACCAAAUUGAACAAACGUCGCGAAUAUCCUGAUGGUACAGUUAAACUUGUCUAUCCGGAUGGCAGCCAGGAAACCCGUUACUCCAAUGGCCGUGUCCGACUCAAAGAUAAGGAUGGCAAGCUGAUAAUGGAUACGGACUAUGCCAAGUAUUAGAUACCAUCUGCAUUUAUUUAUAAAUUGUAUUCAAUUU